GCCCGGGUCACGAAGAAGAAGAAGCCGAGGAAGCACACAUGCGUGCCUAAGUACGAGGUAUAUAUACCUAUACAUAUAUACCUAUAGGUAAGUAUACGUACCUACAUACGAGUUGACGACUUGACGUAGUAGGUUCACGACGGACAAGUAUAUGGAUUGGAUUGGAUUCGCAACGAAAUGGACUUGCGAUAGCGAUUGAGAUGACGACUUUGGGGGUACGAGUGGAAUCAUGGCUGAUUGCCUGCCUGCGUGUUAGCAUUUGCUUCCUGUGGGAUGCCACCGACGCGACCGCCAACGCCGCCGCACUUUGCCCGUAUGGAUAUGCGGGCCUCACGGCGUCCUCCCGUCACCCAUACGACUAUAUACACCACUGUAUGUACAUCCAGCAAUCGCGAAGGGCGAGCAAACCGCCCCCCGCCCCCUCGCCGCCGCCCCCAGUUCCUCUUGACCACCCAAUCGCAGGUGUCUACGCUCCGAUCAUGGGACGUACCGAGUAUGCACGCAUCACGGCUAAGGAAACCACCGGAAUGCGCCAAAGAGGGGGGCCAUUCGAACGCUUCGACAAAAAACCCCAAGCGAGCGUCUGUCCCCUGCGACUGCAUUGUUUCAUGGUGGAAGGGAAUUCUCCUGUCCCCGUGCCGCGGAACAUAAGGCGGCCCAUUUUGAUCGCUGGUAGGAUACCACGCCGGGAUCACGACGAACCAGACCCAGCAGGCACAGCUGUAAGGAUUCGCUGGAUGUAUGUAUGACUGUGGUCUAGAGGAAAGGCUCUACCCGCAUUAAGUUUCCCUGAGUCCAGAGGGCCCAAAAUUUCCUCAAGUGACCGGGGAGUAAUACCUCGAGGACACCUUUUGCACAAUCUCUCCUGGCCGACUCGCGCAGCAUGACAACUGCAAGUC